CGAUCCAGUCGUACGUCCACGAACGGCGGCCAAGCGUUCAAUGGUAGAAACGAAGAACGAAGCCAAACAAGAGGGAUCUGUUUCUGCAUACAAAAUCCGUCUUCAUCCGCUAACUAAACGCUGGAUUUUCAACACGAAACCGCCCAGAACACAAACUGCACAAUUUAAGCUUCCUAACGAACCCAAUAUUGUGGCGGUAUCGCGUCCGGAAUGUUAGAAAACAAAUGGUGAAAAGUGGGUGAUUGUUUUAGGAGAAUUAGCCAGCUAGCCAGUAGAGCUGCAUACAGGAGACUGGCUUGGGCUGAAGGCGAAUUGACAGACUGCGCUGAAUUUUUAUAAUUUUCCCCUUUUGUUGUGGGUAUUUUUUAAACAAAGUCGUUCGUAUAUAUUCAGACACCUACUGUUAUUGGAGCUAGCCACAUCGCUAGCUUUUAAUAGUGAUAUACGAUGGAGUUGAGAGUGGGGAACAGAUACAGGCUGGGGAGGAAGAUUGGAUCUGGAUCAUUUGGCGAUAUUUACUUGGGCACAGACAUCUCUGUGGGGGAAGAAGUAGCCAUCAAGCUAGAAUGUGUGAAAACCAAACAUCCUCAGCUGCACAUCGAGAGCAAGAUCUACAAGAUGAUGCAGGGGGGAGUUGGGAUCCCGACGAUUAAAUGGUGUGGGGCUGAGGGUGACUAUAAUGUGAUGGUGAUGGAGCUGCUGGGUCCGAGUCUGGAGGACCUCUUCAACUUCUGUUCCCGCAAAUUCAGCCUGAAGACUGUUCUGCUGCUGGCUGACCAGAUGAUCAGUCGUAUUGAGUACAUCCACUCCAAGAACUUCAUCCACAGAGAUGUGAAGCCUGAUAAUUUCCUGAUGGGCUUGGGGAAGAAGGGCAACCUUGUUUACAUUAUCGACUUUGGCCUGGCAAAGAAAUACAGAGACGCACGCACGCACCAACACAUCCCUUACCGCGAGAACAAAAACCUGACUGGCACUGCCCGCUACGCUUCCAUCAACACACACUUGGGCAUAGAGCAGUCCAGAAGAGAUGAUCUGGAGUCUCUUGGCUACGUGCUCAUGUACUUCAACCUGGGCUCUCUGCCCUGGCAGGGCCUGAAAGCCGCCACUAAGAGACAGAAGUACGAACGCAUCAGCGAGAAGAAAAUGUCCACCCCCAUCGAAGUCUUGUGCAAAGGAUACCCAUCUGAAUUUGCCACGUACCUCAAUUUCUGCCGUUCCUUACGCUUUGAUGACAAACCGGACUACUCUUACCUGAGACAGCUCUUCAGGAACCUCUUCCACAGACAGGGUUUCUCCUACGACUACGUUUUUGACUGGAACAUGUUGAAGUUUGGAGCAAACAGAGCAGCAGAAGAUGCUGAGCGGGAGCGCAGAGAUCGAGAGGACCGACUAAGACACGGCAGAAAUCCUGCAGCCAGGGGGAUGCCCUCAGCUUCCAGCAGACCGAGAGGAACGCAGGAAGUAGCGCCGCCCACACCCCUCACCCCAACCUCACACACAGGAAUGGAGCGCGAGAGGAAGGUCAGCAUGAGAUUACAUCGCGGCGCUCCAGUUAACAUCUCCUCGUCUGACCUGACUGGCCGACAGGACACUUCACGGAUGUCAACGUCACAGAAUAGCAUUCCCUUCGAUCAUCACGGCAAGUAGCUGCUCGCCACAUUCUGCUGUGAGAGGCAGGGGCAGCCCCGGGCCCUUUCCCGCGUCACCCCCAGCGGCCUGCAGUCUGCCGUCCCUCGGUGAGACCCGCACAGGCCACCAGGGGGCACUAGCAGCCCUCUUUUUCAGCACCAGGACUUCUCCAGCAUCUGCAGUCAACCUGAGCAAAUCAAAGCCAGACAGACAUUUCUUUUUUUAAUUUCUCCAAUGCAACUGAAUCCAAUGUCACACACCAGAGGGAGGGACGGACACCCACACUUUCUCCCUUACACAUGAAAAACGCGCACCUUCUCUCUCAGCCACACCUGUGCGCACACUCUCCAACACAAACAAAUAAAUAAACAAAAGCAGUCAGAGCACUCUUACACCUCCGUGCUCAUUCAGAGCGAGAAAAGAGAUGCUGGGCACACUUGGCCUUUCCAGCCUCUGUCGGUCUCUGUCUGUCUGUCUGUCUGUCCGUCUGUCCGUCUGUCUUACACAGUGCUGUACUUUCCACAGCCCAGCGCCAGUAAACAAGUACUGUCCUUGUGCUUACACUCACCUCUUGCGAAAAAAAGAACGAAAAAAUGGAAAAUUAACUGCAGCAGCUCAGAGAGGAACUGCACUGAUAGCCAUUGACAUUGUGCUUUUACUUUUUUCACUUUUUUUAUAAUUAUUAAUCUUUUCUUCUUCCCCUGAUCAAAUAAUGAUAAACUGCAAUUUAAAUUCUUUUAGAAACAUCAUUGUAUCAUUGGGCUUUGAUUAAUUAAAAGUUUUACAGCCUUUUUUUUCUUUUUAUACACACAUUAAACAAAAGAUCUGAUUUAUUCUAAUCUGACAUCUAAUCAUUCAGUCAGCAUGUCUGAAUGAAGCGCUGACUGUUUUCCCUUGGCUAUUUGUUCUUUAGGUUUUGGUGUAGUUUAGGUGUUUGUGUAUGGAUGGCCAGCCUAGGGAUGAUGUGGUCUGGAAAGUGAAUUGUGAACACACCAAUGCCACUUUAUCAUCACACAUUUUGGGUGAGAUUUUUAUUAUUAGUUUUUUGUGUUUGCAUUCCCUGAAGCUGCUGAAAGCUGUGAAAUGCCUGUACUGUGGAAUUCAUAUUAAUGUCACUUUGUUUUAAACGGACAGUGGCAGGUGGGUGAUGGGAUCUGUAACACAGGCACGUGUGUAGAGGAGUGCAGGUUUGUUGGAUGCUUUUUCUUUUUGUGGGGGGGCAGGUUUGUUUAUAGCAUCAAAGUUUAGACUGGCAUCUUAUUCUGGACAUAGAAGCAGCAUUUUGUUCAGGACCAGAUCUUUCUUGAGUGACUUAAGCUUCAUUUUGUCUUUUAAGGUGGAAACCAGUCCUCAGUACCCUUUAAGAUGUGCAUAUGCGACAAGUUUUUUCCCCUUUUUAUGAUGUUUUAUUUUAUUGAUUGAGAUUUCUUUUCAAUUCUUUUAUUUACUGAUUAUUAUCCAGGCUUUUAGCACCAUCCCCUCGGUCCCUCGCCAAGUCUUCAUUAUUUUUGGAUACUUCAGGAGCUUCAGUCUGUAGAAGAAGCUGUGAGGCACUCUCAGCCUGUCCACCUUCAUCGUUAGUAGAGCAUUUAGGCGUUUCUGUAGUCAGGGAUGGGGGGUAGUGGUGAAAUUGAACUUAUUCAGUUCUGUUGUGUAAAUAGGAUGUUUCUAGUGAUGGCGAGGUACCAUUUUUACAUAGCCUCUGUCUGUCUGUCUGUCUGUCUGCGUGUGUGUGUAGUGUGUGGGGGAAGAUGGUAGUGUGUAGAGGGAUGAGAGGGACUUUGUUCCAGUCUAGAUUUGUUCAGUUAGAGUUUUUCCUCUCCGGUGGUCUCACAAACAAAAAAGAAGAGUAAACGGCUCCUGUACCGGUGGGCUCCUCAGCAUCCUCACCAGUACACACUGAUCAGAAUCAGCCGAUUUUAUGGGUUUCUUUUUUGUUUCUUUAUUUACUGGUUUGUUUGAGCCAGUCCUUCUGCAUCACCCAAUCACCGCACUGUGCUGUAUCAGAUGGAUUUAUGGGAAAUCUUCCUGUCCUGGAAGGUUUUUCUCCUCAUUUGUAUUGCCACUGUAUUUGUGUAUUUUAAAUUGUGUAAAUAAAUUAAUAAGUACUUGUA